GACAUUGCGGGCGGAUUAUAAAAACCAAAACUUCCUUGUGCUGAUUUGGUUUGCCUAGUCUUAUCAGUUGAGUAGCGGUUGGUGUUGUGUUUGUCGCCAGUCAUUUAUGUUAAUGGGGCACUGUGUAGAAUCUUGCCUCUGUCGGUUUUGAAGGACUGAAUUUAAACAAUAACACAGCUUAAACAAAAAACUAAACCCACAGCUUGUUUCCUCCUCUGCUCUUACUGAACAAGACUGGAGUAGUAUUAGCUAGUCCAGGGUGGUUUAAGGUGGUGGGGGGGGGGUAGUGCUGCGAGUGUCUACAGCGAGUAUGAGGAGACUAAAAGUAAAUGCAAACUGUUAGAUGGCCCAGCGAGGAAGUUUAAAUGGGGAAUAUAUCAGGCGCUCUGAACAAUCGUAUAGAAAAAAGUAUUUGAAACAUUAACCUUAAACAUUUAGUGCUGAGGUCUUCUGGUCAUGUAUGCUUCUAAUUACGCGAGUACUACAGUAAAAAUCUUACAUACAGCCCCUUUAACGUUGCAGUCUUGUAGUCAGUGGCUAAUUGCUCUGCUCUCUCAGACUGCUUGCAUUGUACCCCAUUUUGAUUAGGUACGUUAUGAAGACACAUGACCUCGUUGAAUGUUUACAUGAUGAGCUAUUUCAGGGAGCAGCAGGAGAGCCUAGACGUCAACACUGUUGGGCCGUGCUCUUAGCACACUUACCUGGUGAAAGAGCUCUAAGAUAAAUUCAAUUGUUAUGACUGCAGACCAGACACACAAGGCAGUCAGAGUGGUAGACACUGUUACAGUGGGUUGUGUAAUCUCCCCUGGGAUCAGAGCCAGGCGGCAACACGAGUUGGAAGGCAGCAGGAUAUUGGAUGGUUGUUUGUCAGUUAGGCUCGGAUGAACCCGACGCCACUGCGUAACCAGAACACCGCCGGCACUGUCUGGUCUGGUCCUGGUUACUGGAAGCCGCUUGUUCUCCGCGGUCCACGAAAUACCGCGUGGAACGGACACAGUUUUACAGGGUCACAGACUUGCUCGCUAGUUCACAGUGAUUUGGUUUGUUCUUGCAACACGAAUGGAAUGAAUGCAGCCAUGGCUGUUUUUGUGGAGCCGCCAUGUUAGGGGGUUGUGAAAUGCAGUGCAGAAACCACAUGGCUACUGGUUACAGACUAAUAUUAGACAAGAUUAUUUCAGUGUCCAGGUGGCCCUGAUAGUUUUGUUGUUGGGGUUUAGCCCAGCUAAUGGGGGACUGUCAGUAAUGUUUAGUAGAAGCUUAGAUCUGUAUAUUUAUAGGAGACCAGUUGGCUGUAGGAUGGUAGUAGGGGGACUUGGGUGGUUGUAGGGAGCCUUUAGGGUGGUUAUAUGGUGGCUAUAGGUUGGCUGAAGGAUGGUUGCAGGAUGGAUUUAAGGUGGUUAAGAGAGGUUGUAAGGUGGUUAUAGGUUGGCUGUAGGGUGGUUGUAGAAUGUUUGUAGGAUGGUUGUUGCAUGGUUGAGGGGCGUUGUAGGGUGGUUGUAGGUUGUCUGUAGGAUGGUUAUAUUAUGUUGACUGUAGGCUGGUUGUAGAAUGGUUGUAGGCUGGUUGUAGAAUGGUUGAGUGAGGUUGUAGGGUGGUUAUAUUAUGUUGACUGUAGGCUGGUUGUAGAAUGGUUGUAGGCUGGUUGUAGAAUGGUUGAGAGAGGUUGUAGGGUGGUUAUAGGUUGGCUGUAGGGUGUCUGUAGGGUUGAAGGGUACCCAACCUCCAAACCCCACCCUCCACCCUAACCAUUUUACAGGAUUGGGAAUCAGGUGCCAUCAGACAUCGAGGCCAAUUUUGCCCCAGGUGGAUAAAUCCUGGAUGUUGUGGGUGUCUGGACUCAGGAUCUGCAUCCUUUGAUUCAGAGAUAGGAGUGUCUGCUUCUCAUCCUCCCUGACUACCCCGAUAACCCUUUCUGUUUACCAGACUGCAGUGUCUCCUCCAGGCUGUCCCCAUUCCUCCUGUCAGCUGACUGCUGACCCCAGGACCAGAGGGGAGGGGCUGGCUGCUGACCCCAGGACAAAAGGGGAGGGGCUGGCUGCUGACCCCAGGACCAGAGGGGAGGGGCUGGCUUGCUCAUCUGUUGUCAUGCAGUGCCUCUGUCUGGUCUGGGUGUAGCAGCCAGUCUCACGUUUGAGAUUUUAGUUAUUUAGAAGAGCUCUUAUCCAGAGCGACGUUCAGGAGCAAUUAUGGUUAAAUGUGUCUUGCUCAAGCGUAGCGCAACUGAUUUUCACUUCCAAACUGAGUCAUUUCAGGGCUCUAAGCUGGUAUAUUUUUUUGCAAAGAGCACAUGUGCUUCUAAGUUGACAAAUCUAGGCACACAAAUACAUUUAGGACUGUUAAAUAGUUAUGUUUGGGUUUUAAUUGUCUCUAGUGCUGACAAUUAACCACAGCAAUUAUAGAUAACAGAGAGCUGAAAACAUGCUUUACAUAAAUAUGUAUUUCAGGGGUCUCUAACCUUUUCUGGAAUAAUAGCUUCUUAACAUUUAUACUGCGGUGAGCAACUCACACAUUCUCAUCUCCCAUUCAGCUUUUCAAUAUGUCUUUAAUGUACACCCAGUCAAAUUAAAGUUUAAUAAACUACUCUAAAGAGAGGCCUAUGAAAUCUCUUAGACUUAAACAACCUGGGAGUCCAUGUCAAUGAGUCAAUUUCGUUAGAACCAAAUAAUGUUGGUUUGAAAAAUAUAAGUCGAUCUGUGUAUGGUUUGUUCAAACUAUAUCCUUAUUCAGUAACAAAGACAGAUAAUUACUACCACUGCCUGAUUUCUAAGAGGUCUUUAUUGGAUCUGAAAUGUAUAUCCAAGCUGAACUGCAUCCUUGAAAUUCCUAUCUGACACACCCAAGAUCCGAAAAUAUUUGUAAAAUCACUACACAGUAUGAUUGGGACCCGAGGUUGGCAGUAGCCAAUCCGAAAAUAUGCUCGGGAUUAGGGUUAAUCAGAUCUAAAUUGUGUUGGGUAUAUAUCAGGCCCAAAUUUAUCCAAAAGACCAUGCCUUUUCUCUUCCCACAUAGGUCGGCCAAAUUCUUUUGACUUUUCUGGCAGUCAGUGUUAUCUUUUCACACGCAUUUUGUUAGUGUUCAGUCGAUGAAAUGCAUGUUUUUUCUGUCCAAUUUGAAAUGUUGCGACAAAUGGUCUGUGUUGUAAGAACGCACGACGCAUCUCUCCAAAAUGCGCUUUCUGUCUUCUGUCUAAUUAAUGCCCUUUUAUUUUUCUGUUAGACUAUUGCUUGAGCACAUGCGUGGCUCCAGUCAUUGUUAGCAGUCAUCUUAUGGGCUUAGUGUUGACGAGAAAACCCGACCUGCUGAACAGAGCAGGGCAGAGUAGAACAGAACUGAACAGAGCAGCACUCUCUGGGUGUGCUGGUUAGUCAUUAACCCUGGCACUUCCAGACAGUCAUUAACCCCCCCUCCCCUACCUGCUACUUCCAGACAUAUUAACCCUGGGUGACCCCUCCCAGACAGCUGUUGAACUGAUCAACCUGAAGACACGGUCGGUCUGUCUGCCUGUAGCCAGGGGUACUGUAGACUUUACCCAGACCCUCCAUACAUGGCCUCUCGUAUUUUGCCCAUAGUGCCAGGGUUUGUACAGUGAACUACUGCUAGCCUGACUGCCACUCUCUUUAGCUUACAUGUGGGUAGGUAACUAUGGCUUGGCUGCCUACCAGUCGAUUUCGCUUACAGGUAGGUGGCUACUGCUAGCUUUCUACCAGUCUUUUUAUCUUACAGGCAAAUAGCUACUGUUAGCCUGACUACCAGUCUCUUUAGUUUACUGGCACAAAAUAUUGCUACCUUGACUACCAGUCUCUUUAGUUUACAGGCACAAAGAUACUGCUACCUUGACUACCAGCGUCCUUAGUUUACAGGCAGAGAGCUACUGUUAGCCAAACUGCCAGAUUGUUAUUGGCAGAUAGCGUCUGCUAGCCAGACGACCAGUCUCUUCAGCUAACAUUCCAUUCCGUUUACUCCGAGUCAUGUGCCAAAGAUGAUUGGUGGUCCGAUUAAGCUACAGUAGCUAGCCGAUUCUUCUGCUUCAAGAAGUAUUUUCCAAAUGGAAUCAAAACAGAUGCACACUGUAAUUCUUCAGUGUGUUGUUCUUUCAUCUAAAAGGCUGUGCUUUUAUCUAGUCCUCUGGAGAGAGAUUGGAGCAGAAGGAGUAUUGAUGUGGUAGAACUGUGCUGGGUCAGCCUGGGGAUUAUCACUGCUGCAGUUUCCUCAUAGCCUCCUCCUCUGCACUCCUCUUCUCUCCCUCCAUCUCCUCCCCUCCAGCUGAACUCCCUCAGGUUCAUGAAUCCAUUAUUAACACGGUGAACUGAGCUCUAUUCAAACCUCCUCAGCUCCAACACCAUCCAGUUCUUAUGGUCGCUGCCUGCUUGGUGCUUUCUUUCUGUCUUUUGUUUCAUUUGCUCAGUUUUUUGUUGUUGUUGUUGUUGUACAGGACCCACUGGAGUUCAGCGUGAGGUCAUUCACUGCUCAGUGUUACAGAGCUUUUCCUUCCUCCGGCUCUCGUCACUGCUGAAUCUGCCCACAGGCGUUGCUAAGUACCUCUGUCACAGAGGUACUUGUUAAGUACCUCUGUCACAUAAGAAGCCACAUGUCUGCUGAACUGGAGUUUGUGCAGAUCAUUAUCAUAAUGGUGGUAAUGACGGUGAUGGUGGUGGUGAUAAUGUGUCUGUUGAACCAUUACAAGCUGUCCACCUGGUCUUUCAUCACCAGACAGAGCCAGGCACGAAGGCAGGACCUAACCCUACAGCAGGAUGGCUGUCUGUGGCCGUCGGACGGCGGCUCUCGACGAGGUGCCUCCGAGGUGCUGUACGCCCCCCAGUCGAGGGAAAGAUUCACCGCCCCCUCCUUUAUGCAGCGGGAGCGUCUGAGCCGCUUCCAACCCACCUAUCCGUACCUGCCCCAUGACAUCCACCUUCCUCCCACCAUCUCCCUCUCUGACGGGGAGGAGCCCCCACCCUACCAGGGACCCUGCACCCUACAGCUGAGGGACCCUGAGCAGCAGCUGGAGUUAAACAGGGAGUCGGUCCGAGCCCCCCCCAACAGAACCAUCUUUGACAGUGACCUGAUUGACAUGCACAGCGGGGGAGGGGGCCCCCGGCCGCCCAGCAGUAACUCCGGUAUCAGCGUGGUCAAUAGCAGCAGCCACGGACACAUGGAGGGCCCGCCUCCGGCAUACAGUGAGGUGAUUGGUCUGCAUUACCCUGGCUCUGCCUUCUUUCAUCACCAGCACAGCAAUAACCCCCCCCGGCUGCAGAUGGGGGGCGGGACCAGCCAGCAGGGCCAAUCAGAAAGCACAAUACCUGCCAAGGUCAUGGAGGGGGAAGGGCAGAGGGAGGAGCUGGGGUGACGGGCAUAAAGGCUGCGCUAUGAGAGACUCCUCCUCCUCCUGUAAACAGGUGUGGUCUGAAGGGGCGUGGCCUCUUCCUCUUAGGACCGACACUUCCAGGAUGCACAACUAAACAUUAUCGACCUGCUACAACUAAACAUUAUCAAGGAUUAUCGUCGUGCUUUUUUUAUUAACUGAAAAUAGCUAGCGCUGCUGGGGGAUGCACUGCACUGCGUGGAGUUUUUUUUUGUCAUUUUUUGUAUCCUUCUUUCCUUCAUUGAGAAAAUAUAUAAUACUAGCACAGAUUGAGACUGGUUUCUUGAAUUGACGUACCAGCCCCCAUGAGCGGAGUCGAGGGGGUGGACAAGUAACUACUCAAACAUCCAAAUAUUAGUGCCAAGGUUUACCCGUGGAAACGGAGGGAGGGAAACUGACUGUCUGACUAGCAUCAAAAAAUAAAUAAUCUAAAGUUGCACUAUCUAUCUACUCGUUCAAGCGAAAACAGGGAACUACUUUGUUUGGUUCUCCUGUCGUGGGCGGGUUGGUAGAACGUUGGCUCCAAAGGUAUGCUGGAGUUGGAGCGGCCAUGGUGGUUAGGCCUGCAGUCCUUCCUGCUGGAAUCACAAGAACUAGCCAGUACCCAGCCUAUUGGACCUAGUCAUGGACAGGAACGUACAAUGCACUUGAGGACAGCUUAGUAAGGCCUUCUCACUCAUCCCCGCCACUGACCAAGGCCACUGACCGGGCCACUGAGAUAUUGUCUGCUGGAUGGACAUAGGUCUCUGACAUUAUCACUUUUAGCUGCUUAAAACUGCCUGGUUAAGCUCCAUUGAACUGCCUGGUUAAGCUCCAUUGAACUGCCUGGUUAAGCUCCAUUUCAACUGCCUGGUUAAGCUCCAUUUCAACUGCGGGGAUGCAGGAACGACAGUGUCGGCCCGGACACCUGAGUGAACGGGACGUUCGCAUGUGAUCAAUACGCACCGUGUACAGGUGUGACUGGGUUUGUGAUCGGAUCACCGCACACAAAUGGGAAGGUGUGACACGCCGGGCAACACGAUUGUCUGUAGGGAAUACGAUGCACUGGAGGACCACUCUGAACCCAUAUGAGAGACGUCCUGUUCCAUCUCUGCAAUGGAAAUCUAGCUUUAGGCAGGCUAGCUAGCUUGCUCACUGGUCUGUACGUACAUAAACCGCCUUGUCAUCAUAACCUGUGGAUGUUACUGCGUCAUACCUCACUGAAGUAGUUGCUAUGUGGUCUUAUAAGAAAUUGUGUUCCCAUUUUUCAGACUGAUAUAUACUGUAUUAAUAAGCUAGCAGCACAUUACCCUCCAGUUGUUAUUCAACAUAUCUAGUUUUCUGUCCAUCCAGCAGUUUUCUCUAGAGCCAGAGGUUUACUCUCAGCUCAGUGUUUUUCAGUUGUUCUGCCGUUCUCUCGUUUUCUUCCUUUUUUAUCCUUACCUUUUUCUCCUGUUUAUGUUUCUUUCCAGUACCUGUUACAUGCUCAGAACCUAUGUUCAGCCUAUGUUCAGCUAAUAUCCUAAAAGGAUCAUUACCCAGUUACAGAAGAGAAGGCUCCAUGUCUUCACGUUGACUCAGUGUGUAUGAGGAGUCGGUGUGUGGAGAUGUGGUCCAUCGUAAAGGGCUACCGUUACCAUAACCACAUGUUGGGGUCAUUUUGUAACCUUUUGACCCACCUAGUUUUUCUCUGCUCAUUGUUGCCUUUUCCUCUGCACUCUGUCUCUAGUUGGUGUGCCUCCCAGCCACAGCUUUUGUGUUAACUACUUAUUGGAAGUACUCCUCUCCUUCCCUGCCUCUCUCCCUCCAUUCCUCCUUUCUGUCCUCCCCCCUCCCCUGUGUAUUGCAGUAGUGUAAAGGUGUAAAAGUUAGAGGCACCUAGUGGCCCAUUAAAGGUAUCUGCCAUUUUGAUGCAGGUAAGUGGAUUGGGUUCUCUCACAUCCCUGUUUCGUAAUGUCCAGUUGAUGAUUACAUGCCUUAUGCUCAGUGCAGAAAUUCCUGCCAGGUCCAGGAGAGUUGACGACAGGGACAUGUGUCCUGCAAUGCCGUCUCUCCAAGCCGUUCUGGUUUCUCACCACACUGCUCACUCAACCAGGAAGUAUAUGCCGGAAAAAUACUUUCUUGUUGUGGAGCGCACUGUCUGACGAACAACCACAGUAAACUCAACCUGCGUGUUGCUAGAGCAUGACAAGGCCACACCUGCCAACGUCCUACCCAUCCACCACAGAUGGUGCUGAGACGAUACGUGCUGCCCGCCACUGGAUGGUGUGCCAUGACUAAGUCCUGUCUACAAUGGCAAAGCUGUUCUACAAGGAAGUCACUUUACUGCUGUGUCACCUGGGAGCCCCAGUGGAUUCCCUAUCAGGAUGAAGUGGGAAAAGCCCAUCCACUUGACUACAUUAAAAUGACAGAUGCCUUCCAUGGUGUUGCCUGUGUGCUCACAGACUUUUAUCACGGGGAAUGUAUGGAGAUGAGUCCUCCAACCUUCUCAAUGGGUUGUCCUCCCGCUACCCUCCCUGGUCUCCAGGGUUUACUGCAUACAGCUUCACGUAAUAAUGGAAAAUGAACCUUGAAUUGAUGUUGCUAUGCUUUUUGAAGUAUUAGCUCUGGUUUGAAUCAUAGAUCAUAGCUGACAUUAUUUCAAGAUUAGUUCCUAGGAGCAUCGGUCAGAGGUACUAUCAGUUUACUGGAUACUUUUGAUACCAGGAUACUCCUGUAGUUUCAGCAGUGUUUUGGUACCAGGGUACUCCUACUGUAGUUUCAGUAUUGCUUUCGUACCAGGAUACUCCUGUAGUUUCGGUAGUGCUUUGGUACCAGGAUACUCCUGCUGUAGUUUCAGCAGUGUUUUGGUACCAGGAUACUCCUACUGUAGUUUCAGUAUUGCUUUCGUACAAGGAUACUCCCCGCUAUGUAUUCAGGCUGCUAUUACAGAUGCUACUGUUGCUACUGCUACAAACCUAUUAGUUCUACUGCUGUACCUCUACAUACCUCUAACUACCUACAUAGUCUUACCUGCCCACCAAACUAUCUACUCUCCUACCUACCCCUAUAUAGUCUCAGCAACCUACAUAUUCACCUACCCAUCUACCUACACCUACAUUGUUACAUACUAACCUAACUAGCCACUUAUCCAAGUACCUACCAUCAACCCCCCUACCUUGCUAUUUAACUAUCUACCCACCUACCUAACUACCCACCUAACCUACCCUCCUAUCUACCCACCUACCUAACUACCCACCUACCUAUCUACCCACCUACAUACCCUUGCUGCUAUUGCUGCUGCUAUCUGUCUACAUGCUGUUGCUGCUGCUUUUUUGCCAGCUUUCCUGUACCUGAUGGUCUAUUAGCAUUUCUGAUAUUUUCAUACCUGAUGGUCCAUUAUGAGAUCUGAUGACCAUCAUUAUAUCUGAUAUAUCUAAUAACCAUGAUCAUAUCUGACAGACCAUUGUCAUCUAGGCCAGACCAGGGCAGGCCAACUGCCCUGCUGUAAUCAAUUAUUAAACUUAGUUUAUUAAUUACCUGAAGGUGUGUUAGUGCAGGGGUGUAAUGACAGCCCACAUCCCUAGUGGUUCUCCAGGAGCAGAACUGCGGAACCCAUACCUCUGCUGUUUCCCCGGGUCAAUUCCUAUUAUCUAGUAUGGUUCUACCAUUUCCUAAAGCUUUGUGCUGCUUUAGCCUGUUCUGGUACUUAUCUAUCCUGUUUGCUUCCCAUUCUCUCUUCUGCCAGCUUAAAAGGAGAAAAGAAUAUGUAUUUACAUUUUUGCUACAAAGAGGUUUGCAUGUUACUAUGAUGUAAGUAAAUAAGGUGCCUAAUGUCAUGUUUGAACAGACAUAGGACCCUCUAAUGUCAUGUAUGAGCAGACAUAGGAUCCCCUAAUGUUAUAAACAGACAUGAGAACCCAUAUGUCUAAGCAAAUAUAGGAACCCUCAAGGCAUGUUUGAGCAGACAUAGGACCCCUGGUGUCAUUGUUAUAAGCAGACAUGGGAACCCUACGGUCUUGUUAUGAGCAGUCACAGGGACCCCGUGUCAUAUUUGAGCAGACGUAGGACCCCACUUGCACUCAAAAGCUCCCACCUUUGUUGUGCCUCACUUCCAACGGUGCUUUUUUAGUAGUCUGUCUUUCUUUGUGUACAGUGCUGUAUAUAACUUCUAUAUAUUAUGCACAUAUCCUGCCCAAUGGGUAGAAACCACAAACAAACAGUUGUUGAUAAUGUAAUAUAGUGUAUAGACCAUAUAAAACAUUUUAAGAAGGCAGUGUCACAUUAGAAAAUGCCUAAUGUACAUAUGUGUUCCGUCUUUUUGUAGACAAGAAAAAGGUUUGCAAAGUAAUGCUUAAAUAUGGUCGCGUUAAUGAAUACAAGUUCUUACUUAUAAUAUUUUCCUAUGGACACAUUUCUUCAUUAAGGAAACAGUUGAACAGAACGUUAAUCAGGUUUUUAGUUUUCUCUAAAGACAACAAAUGCGCAACUCCUGAGUUUGCCUUUAUUCAGAUAUUGGUCAACUACUUUGACUGGCAAUUACCACAAUCAACGAAUACAAACAUACUGUAGUUCUUAUAUUACAUUCACUUCUAUAACCGAAAGUUUAACUUACAGAAGAGGCUAUACACAGGCUCUUAUAGGCACAGGUCGAACAUAUCUUUUUGCUUAGUAUCAAUGAACAUUGCCUAUCAAACAGUUUCACUAGUGUCUGUACUGUGAUUUAGAAAAGCUAGACUGAUCUCCAUGCAAGUUGUCUGUCUGAGCUGGAUGCUCAGAUCACCACUCAACAUUCUGCUACGGACUGGAGAGAGAACACCAAGCACCGUUGAGUCAGGAAGAAGAGACCUAUGCUCAGUAAAGGCAUCGACGACUCUAGACUCAACACCAUAAUGAUUUGGGAAUAGAUUCUGUUUGAAUGUUUCUUUUUUUAAUAUCAGUAAAGUCAAAACAAAGUGGUCAUUCAUUCCUGUUAUUGCAGACUGUUGUUAUGAGAGGUGUUACCAACCAGGUGAUGAUAUGAAAGCUGUUAACCAACCAAAAGUGGAUGUCAUGCAACAAACUCAUUUUUCUCUUUAUUUUGUUCAUAUUAUAACAAUAUAUUGGAUCAAAAGUCAUGUUACUGCAGUAAUUAUUUAUACUCCAAUGUACGGUAACUGUCAAGCAUGUUCCUUCUCAUCUGUAGGUAAUGUACAUAGCGACGCCAUAAAAAAAAAAGCACCAAAUAAUUGGCAGCAGUUGUGUAGUUUUCAGAGAUGAUCUAUUGUAACUCUUGUUCGAGCCACAGGCUGUAGACUUUUUACAUUUCCUGCACUAGCUUGAAGAACUAACUAACGUCGGGCUGUGGUCUCCUGCAGUCGGCUCCUUGUUCCUGACAUCACAGACAGAAGCUGUUUAUGUUCCAGCUGAGUCUCACUAGUUCAGGGGUUCCCAAAAAAAGGUUGGCCGACGACCCCAUUUCAGUAUCUAAAAAUUCUCGCCACCCCAUCCAUGUGAAGAAAAAUUAUGUAAUCUUUAUUUUUUUAUUUGAGGCUAUGAGAGUCAAUUGUAAAACAUUCUUCCCCGACCCCAUUUUCAUAUCAGGUGACCCCACAUGGGGUUGCAACCCCUAGUUUGGGAACCUCUGCACUAGUUGGACGGUUGUCACACCCACAGACAGAACUGCUUCCACCAUGAGUUUUGUAACAUCUGUUAGCUUAUUUACAUAAUUAACCCCCUCUCGUCCCCCUUCCCCAUGUCAUAUAUAUGGCUGUAUACGCAAACAUAUACAAAAAUAUAUAUAUAUAUAUAUACAUAUAUAUAUAUACACAAGCACAGAGGUUAAACUGUUCUGUAUUUUCCUCUUUUCAUUCAAGCAAUUGUGAUGUACUAGGUUUUAGGCCUAAGGUCUGUUCUUGCAAUACUUUUACAGAAAAGAAAAAAAACUAAAAAUGUUGCUCCAAGUGCUGUUGUAGUAAAAGAUUUUAUGCUUGUACCAUGCUGUGGUCAAACUGCAGCGUAAUUAUUAAAACUUUCAAAGUCAC